AUGAGGAAGGGCAGCCUCAAGCUGAGACGGAGGGACACUGAGGAACAAAAACGAUGCGAGGAGCGACUGAAAUUGGAGACGAAGCAGAUGCAGCGAGAGGAGGAAGAGCGGCGACAACGAGAGGAGGAGCGUAGAAGAGUCGAAGAACUGCGCAAGGCAGAAGCCAGAUGUAAAUAUGAAGAGGAGGUACAUCAGAAGCGCGAAGAGGAAUCAUGUCGGACGCUUGAAGAGGAGCGGAUGAGGAGGAAGAAGCACGCUGAAAAAGGGAAGAAGAGAUUCGUCACAAGGAGGCUGCCGAUGCUGCUUUCACUCGCGCUCAAUUUGAAGCAGAAGAAGCCGAGCAUCGCAGGGGGAAAGAAGAUCUUGCUUUUGUGCGGCGUGCACAGGAGGAGAGCGAGCGAGAGCAAAGAGUCGCUGAGGAACGGUAACGGCAAGAAGAAUUAA